AGCAAUUCGGGCACAGGCUCUUACCCCUCGCGCUCGCCCAGCGCUGCCCGGGCGGCGGCCAGGCUCUCCCUGCGAUGUGGCGAACCCUGGCGGGUCGCGCAGCUUGCGGCGCCCGAGAGUUUGUGCGGCGUGCGUCGUGCACGGUGCCGCCGUGGGCGGUGCUGCCGCGGCCGCUGGAGUUGCCGCUGCACGGCGCUAGGCGCCGGUGCGCGCAGCAGGCCACGGGCACAGCCAGCGGGGCCUCGGGCAAGCCUGGCCGGGUGCCGGGGAGGCUGUUGGCGCGCCACUUCGCGGUGUGCGCCGUGCCAAUGGUCGGCUUCGGCUUCAUGGACAACUCCAUCCUCAUCCGCACUGGCGACGCGAUAGAGCGGUAUUUUGGCGUCGCCUACGGCCUCUCGGGGCUGUCGGCCGCGGCCGCCGGGCAGGUCUUCAGCGAUUUCAGCGGCGUGGUUUUCGGGGGUCUGGUGGAGUCUGUCUCGAGAUUCUUCAUCAUGCCGCCCGAGCUCUCUUCCGCGCAGGUCUCCCUGAGGAUCGUGCAGGCAACAGGCACGGCAGGCGCCGCCGUGGGCGUGGUUAUUGGCUGCCUGCUGGGCAUGAGCAAUCUGCUGUUCAUGGACCUAGCAGAGGCCGAGCGCCUCAAGAGGAUGGCCGAGCUCGAGGAGAUCUUCACCGUGGUUGUGAAGUCUGCCGAGGAGGCGAUAGGGACCCGCAUGGGCAGCAUCUUCCUGGUUGACGAGGAGUCCAACGAGCUUUGGACCCGCGUGCAGACUGGCGUGGAUAGCUCCAUCAGGAUUCACAUAUCUGAGCAGAGCAUCGCUGGGUGGGUGUGCUUGCACAACGAGCACCAGAUCGUCCCAGACGCAUAUAAGGAUCCGCGAUUCAACCAGGCUGUCGACAAGAGGACAGGAAACAAGACUCAGAACAUGAUUGCUUUUCCUGUACGUUCGCAAGCGGAUCCCAACAAGGUCAUUGGAGUCAUACAGCUGAUCAACAAGGAGAGCGGCCCCUUUGAUGAGAACGACGUGAAGACGUGCAAGAUGCUCAGCAUUCACGUUUCAGUCUUCCUCUCCAAGUGUGAGUGAUACCGCUGAGAGCCCCGCAGAUGGCCCAGGCGCUCGCUCUGAAGGUUGAAGCGCUCGAUGUGUUGGGCCUCGUGGUUGUUGCGCUUCGUCUUUUUCCACUAGGGCUGUCUCUGGCCAGUCUUGCCUGGUCACCCUAGCGCCUUGGGGGUGCCACUUGUUAACCCUAUUUUCUGAAUCAGCCAGAGGCUGAAUGGUUCGUCUCUCUGUGGUCAUCUCGGCCUCACUCCACGUUGUAAUCUCCGCGUCGAUGUCCUUGAACUUCUGCCGCCAUGCGGCAUCCGAGGGCAGAUUGUAGUACUAUUCAUUAUAAUGAUCGGACGUACUCGGCCAUGGUUGCCAGUCAGAGUCACGAGCGGCUUCUGUUUGAGCUUGCAGAGGGUAGCUUCCAGAUUCUUUCCCCUGCAGGUUUGCAUGGUGCCCGAGUGCCUCAAGGGAGUCCGCGUGCGCCCAGGGUUGGUCUCCAACAGGGUCGUUUGGAACACACGACUAUCUAA